UGACAACAUUGUUAUAUGCUUUUUUUACAACUUUGACAAAGAUAACCAACCAUCACGUAUACAUUAUACUUUAACCGGCACAAUAAUGAAUUGAAUAAAAAAGAAGAAAGAAAACAAAUAAAAAAAUAAAAAAAUUUAAAUUUAUAGAAAAAUAACAACAUAAACUCGACUACAACAACAUUCAACCCUCUCUACAUACAUAUGAAUUUAAUCAACCUGUCUGGAUGAAAGGAUAACAAAAAAUUUUCUUCCAGAAAAAACAAAAAACAAAAACAUAAAUUAUUGCUGUUUUUUUUAUAACUUUCUUUGUUUUUGUUUAAUGUUGUAUUUCAUAUAAAAUACAACAAUUACUAAAAGAAAAAUAGAAAAACGAAAACACCGGUGCCCAUAUUACAUAUACAUAUAAAAUCAGUAAUCCUGGCAUGAGGAUAUAAGAAAAAUAUAUGCAACACCAUACACACACAAACACAUGUUUAUAUAUAUAUAAUCGUAAAUACUAUUUAUAUAUUUAUGUAUAAAUUAUUAGAGCUUCCAAAAUAUUGCAACAAAAAUAUUAUAAAAUUUCCGAAAUUUUUGUACUAGCAACAAAAUUAAACACCGAAAAAAAAAAUCGUUUAAAAAACAGAGAAAAACAAAACAGAUCCUGCAAAUUAUAUUUCUCUUCUGUGUCUUUCUCAUUCACACCUUAUUAUUACAAAAUAUAAUAGAUAUAAAUAUAUAUAUGUAUAUAUAGAUAUAUAUAUACAUAUAAUUUACUCGAAAGAACCAACAAAUAAAGAAAAUAUUAUAUAACAAAAAAAAAAAAAAAAAAUGGUCCCAAUCAAUAGUAGAUGCCUUUCAUUAAUCACAUUUUAUUUGUACUUAACGUGUGCUGCUGAGCGUGAUUUUCAAUUUAACGAUGAUUUACAGGUAACAUUAGCUGAACCACAAGAUGAAAUUAUAAAAUUUAAUUUAACUGGAAUAAAAAUGUCAGCAUUAGCUACAGCCACAACAUCAAUGAUAAAUGGUGGCAGCGAAAUUAAUGAUGGUGUUAAUAAUUUUAAAACACAUCGUUCUAAAAAUUUUUAUUCUAAAGAAGUUCAAAAAUGUCCUUAUUCAGAGAGUAAAAUUAUGCUGUCUCUGGUAUUGAAAUCAUAUGACUGGAAGGAUAUUGUGGAGAAUAAAAAAAAUCGAGCUAUAAAUAAAUUAUCAAAAUUUUUUGCAAUUCCAAAGGAAUAUUUAAAAAUGGAAUCAAUAUCUCGAAGAGAUAUGCAUGAAAUGUUGAAAAGGUCAAUUAAACGUGGUCCAAAUAAAUGUAGUACAAAUCGAAGACUAGGAAAAAUUGAAUUCAUGAUUGGUUGUGGACAAUCUUCAUACUUUUCAAUUUCUGAUUCAAUAAUAAAUCAAAUUGCUGAACAAAUGAAAGAUGGUUCAAUAGAUGAAAUUGCUGGUAUUGAUUUCGGCUGGUGGAUAAUAUGGAGAAAAGGUGUUAGUAAUAGAGUACAGAGAUCAAAAAGAGAUACUGAAGGAUCAGGGGAAUACGAUUAUACUGGAGAAUAUGAUUAUGAUGAUGGAGAUGAUGACGAUGGUGGUGUAACCGAUAUUCCAACAACACCAACUCAUGCUCACCGUCAUCAUCAUGGUGCACCUAAGCCGGUUAUACCUGAAAGCCCAAUUACAAAAAUUUCAAUAAAUUCAGUUGAAUCACAUAAUAUGAAAUAUAAGAAAAACGAUUUUAAACCUUUAAUAUUACCAACGUCUGGGGAAAGUACUAUACAUACAAUUGUUAAUAUUGAUGAUGAAAUUGUUAAAAAUGAAGUAUCAAAACUUGAAUCAGUUAUAUCAAAAACAAUUGAAAAUACACAAAAAAUUAAAGAUUUAUCAUCAUCCAAUUAUGAGCAACAUAAAUAUAAAAAAGGUGAUCAUUUGGAUGUUUCAUCAACAUUAUCUAGAGAGGAUGACUAUCAAGUUGAAGAUAUAAUUAAUGAUGAUAAAAUAAUAAAUAGCGGUGAAUCUAUAUUACCACCAUCAAUGGCAUCAUCAAUAUCAUCAUCUUCUUCUUCGGCUUUAUUACAUUCAUCGAAAUCAUCAAUACCAUCAUUAUCUUCAAUUGAUUCAACAACAAGUCGUAUUAUUUAUAUAACAACAAUUAAACCAAAAAUAAAUCAUCAUUUAUCAACUUUAGCAACAAAUAAAAAUAAUUUUAAUAACAAAAAUUUUUACAAUGAUAAUAAUGUAAUUAUAGCUUCUACUACUGAAACUAAUUAUCCUAUUAGUACUUCAAAUAAAACUACAACUACAACUACUACAACAACAACAACUAUCACUUCUCCUACACAAUCUACUUCUAGUUUAUUAAAUUUAAAUAGUUACACAUCACCAUUAUCAUCAUCAUCAUUAUCGUCAUUAUCAUCGUCUAUUGAAAAUAAUUUAAAUAAUAAUAAUUAUUAUAAUCCCAAAAAUCAAAAUACCUAUUAUAAUUCUGAAUCAGUAGAAUUAAAUGCUUCAACUGAAAUGAUAUCAAAUAAUAAAAGUACAAUAAAUAAUAAUUAUUCAACACAAUCUGCAAUAACAACAACAACAACAACAUCAACAAUAACAACACCAUCAACAUCAUCAUCAUCAUCAACUAUGACAUCAAAAAUAGAUAAUAUAUUCGAACAAAAUUUAAUUAAUUUAAAUGAACAGAGUACACUUAAUAGCUUUAUUACCACCACUAUAUUGCCAAAGAAUCGUGAUGACGUUACUACAGUAGUACCACUAACGGAUGAUAUAGUAGUUUUAGCCACUAAUAGCAAUAAUUCAUCAAUAUUUUCUCGUAACAAUAUUGAGCAAAUUCAUUCAACAAUAAUAACACCAGUUGAAAUUGCAUUAUCAUCUGAAACGGUAAUAUCAUCAACAUCGGCACCAACUGAAUUUAUAAAUCCAAGUACUACAGCAACAACAAUAGCUGCAACAGAUGUAUAUGAGUUAUCAACAACAAAUGCAGCUAAUUUCGGUGAACAAGCAACAACACUUUCAUCUGGUGCAACAGUUUUUAGCCCAACCAUAUAUCCAUCCACUAUUUCUUCUAUCACAUUUGCUUCUAGUAUACCUAAUAAUAGAAAGGAUGAUGAAGAUGGUGAUGACGUGACAACUGAUAUUGAACAGGAAACUGAAAUUCCUAAUCAUGAAGAUAUUCUGUUGGACAAUUCAACCCAGGUAUCAACACAAGAAUCAUCAACCGCUGGGUCAACAACAGUUACAGCAACAAUAAGGCCAACACCUCCUGCAACUACUUCGACAACAAUCGUCCCAAGUUCAGAACCAACUAAUCUUAUACCAAUUAUUAAAAAUCGCAUACCAAAAUUACCAGUAACUGCUGGAAAAGCAUUUACAUUUAGGGUUCCCGAAGAAACAUUCUUUGAUCACGAAGAUUCAACAAAUCUUAAACUUGAACUUUUAGAUUUUAGUAAUAAUGAACUAAAACCGAAUUCUUGGAUACAAUAUAAUUCUUUAAAGAGGGAAAUUUAUGGCUUGCCCCUAGAAGAUCACGUCUCACAUUGGCAGUUCAAAUUAGUAGCGACAGACAGUGGAAAUGAAAGCGUUGCUGAAACAAUUGACAUAGCUGUUCAACAAUAUAAGGGUCAUAGAAGUGUGAAUCAUGAAAUAAGUAUUGGAAUAAAAUUUAAUAAAAAAUAUUCUAAAAAUAUUGAUUGGCAAUUGCAGCUUCUCAGGGGUAUUAGUGAAUCUUUAAAUGAUCAAACAAAUCCAUCCCCAAUUAUUGUUCGAGAAGUUAGACAAAAUCAAGAUCCUUCGUUUGCAACAUUUUCUUAUUAUAAUGAAACUUUACCAAAAGACGUUUGUCCUACAGCAUACCAAUUAAAUAGUAUUAUUGAAAAAUUACGUUCAAAUCUAAACGAUUCCAUGUAUCCUGAUUUAAGUAUUAAAACAGUGAACUAUCAAUUGGUAGGUAAUUGCGAAAAAACAUCACAUCAUGUUACUACAUCAGCCCCAUUUGUCCCGCAUAUUACCAAAAAUUAUUCACCCGUGCCAAGAAAUCAGGUUGAUCGAGUUAAUGCAACUAUUGGUCAUUUAUUAGUUUUUAAAGUUCCGCCAGAUACAUUUUAUGAUCCUGAAGACACAACUGAUUUAAAAUUGUCUUUGUUAACAAUGGAACGAAAUGAAUUAAACCCGAAGCAUUGGUUACAAUUUGACUCAAAAAAUCAAGAAUUUUAUGGCAUACCAAAAGUAGCCGAUUAUGGAUCCGAAGAAUAUCUACUGGUGGCCGAAGAUCAUGAAGGUUUAACAGCAACUGACGCGUUAGUAGUUGUUGUGAAUCAUGCACCAAAACGUGAAUUUAGCGUUUAUUUUAAAGCCAAAUUAGGUAUACGUUACGAACAAUUUAAUGCUCAAAUGCAGAGAAAAUUUGUUGAACGCGUUGCUAGAUUAUUUAAUGAUCCAACGCCACAAUAUAUUCAAGUACGAUCAAUAACACAAAAUCACGACAGUGAAGAAACAAUAGUCAACUUUUACAACACAACCCUACAUCGGCAACAUAAUAGAUGCCCGGAAGAAGAAAUUGAAAUGGUUAGAAGUGUAUGGUUCUCUAAUAGCGCAAUUUUAAGAGAUCGUGUAAAAAAAAAUAUUGGAAAUGAAUUCAAUUUAUCAAGUAUGCAAAUAAUUGCAAUGCCAAUUGGCUCCUGUCAUUCAAGUGAUUUUGGCGGUAUUCAUCGUGAUAUUAUACCUAUAAAGACUGAAGAAGCUAAUACAACAUCGACAUUUAAAGAUGAUUACAUACUAACUUUUGUGUUGCCAGCAGUUAUAAUUUUACUAAUGAUAUUAUUAGCUUCUAUAAUAGCAUGUGUAUUACAUAGACGCCGUUUAACUGGUAAAAUGGAACUGGGAAAAACAAUUGUUCUAAAUGGAGAUGAAGAAGAACGUAAAUCAUUUCGUUCUAAAGGUAUACCAGUGAUAUUUCAAGAUGAAUUAGAUGAGAAACCAGAAAUUGGAAAUAAAUCACCUAUUAUUUUAAAAGAUGAAAAGCCACCAUUACUACCUCCCUCGUACAACAGCACUAAUAUAGACGGUGAUAACGAUUGCGAUGAAUAUGUACCACCACCGGCUGUAGUUGUAGGUAAUCGCGAAAUUCGAGGGAAAUCUCCUGUAACACCUUCAUAUCGGAAACCACCACCAUACGUAUCCCCAUAAAUUAAUCAUUAUUAAUCCUACAUAAAUAAUUUUGGACAUUUUUAUUAAUUCAUUUGAACUUUACAUUUUUAAUGUAAUUUUAAGUUUCUUAAAGAGAUUUUUGUUUUUUUUUUUUU